CAAACGCAAUCAAGAGCCACUCAUGAACCGGCAGGGACGUCCAAGUCAGGCUACAGCGUACCACCGCAUAUGCGUCCUGACGUUCCGUCCUCAUUCGCUCGCUGUGCUGAGACCCUGAGUUCCAGACAGAUACUGCCAUCAAACAACGUCCCUCGUUUCCGUGAUAACCUACGCUACAACAACACCCACCACAGCUCUCACAGCGACAACAUCCCAUCAGAGCAAAUGGUCCGACUCAACGCGCAGCUCCUCAAAGCCAAACAAGAGCUCGAGCAGGAGCGCACCAAGAACGCCAAUCUGCACAGGACCAUCCAAGACGCCCAGCACGAGCACCUCGAAGCCGCCUUCUCUACUAUGCUCACCACACUCCUCCACGAGCAAACCGAAGCCCUCGCCCUCCAAUCCCGUGCAGCCGCUCACCAACGCUCCCUCGACAUCCGCGAGAAGAAAAUCUCCCAACAAGAAGUCUUCCUUGCCGCCGGUCAGAAGCACCUCAUGACCAAGCUCGACCAGACCGGCAACUCCACCCUGUCCGCCGCCCACUACAUCCACCUUCACGAGAAAAUGCAGCUCGAUAAAAAGUCCCACAUUGCAGCCCUCGAGUCCCGUAUGGCUAUCGAGCGCCAAACCCUCACCCUCCGCGCUGCCGCCCAGGCCAAACGCGAGCAACAGUACAAGACCCUCCUUCGUCAAUCCCUCGAGGCCGAAUUCGCCGCUAGCCACGUUUCCAGCGCUGAAUCAGAAGUUCUAGCUGAGAUCCGCUUCCAACGCGGCUUUGACGCAGGUAAAGAGGAAGGACGCAAAGAAGCUGACAGGGAAGAGAAGAAACGAGCGUAUCUGGAGGGGUAUCGAACUUGUUUCCAGGCGCAGGCUGCGCUGAGUUCUCUGCGUAAGGGGGCUAGUACUGAGGUGCAGGAGUUGCUGGAUCCGACGGCGGAGGGGAAUUUGUUUAGUAUGGGGACUAGGGUUGGGAUGAUGGAAGUUGAAGUUGCCAUGAAGACGGGCGAGAAGAAGCAUGAGGAAGCUGAUCUAAUUGCUCUUUUGUAG